CCCAGGACGAGAGAGAGCAAAGGGCCCGGAACGCUGAUCUGGGCCUCCAGCCGUUGCCAGGCGCCUUUCUGUGACGCCGCCUCCACGCUACGACGCGCUGACGGACCGCGGCCUCCACGUCUCAGGUUCCGCAAAGGCCUGUGGGAGCGACCCGGCAGAAGGAGGGCCAACAUGGCGGAAGCCGCGGAGUCUCCAGGAGACCCGGGAACAGCAUCGCCCAGGCCCCUGUUUGCAGGCCUUUCAGAUAUUUCCAUCUCACAAGACAUCCCGAUAGAAGGAGAAAUCACCAUUCCUGUGAGAUCUCGCAUUCGAGAAUCAGACAGCUCCACAUUAAAUGAAUCUGUUCGGAACACUAUUAUGCGUGAUCUAAAAGCUGUUGGAAAAAAAUUCAUGCAUGUUUUAUAUCCAAGGAAAAGUAAUACACUUUUGAGAGACUGGGAUUUGUGGGGACCUUUGAUCCUUUGUGUGACACUUGCAUUAAUGCUGCAGAGAGGCUCUGUGGAUGGUGAAAAAGAUGGAGGACCCCAGUUUGCAGAAGUAUUUGUCAUUGUCUGGUUUGGUGCAGUUACUAUCACCCUCAACUCAAAACUUCUUGGAGGAAACAUAUCUUUUUUUCAGAGCCUUUGUGUCCUGGGUUACUGUAUACUUCCCUUGACCGUGGCAAUGCUGGUUUGCCGCCUGGUACUUUUGGCAGAGCCGGGACCAGUAAACUUCAUGGUUCGGCUUUUUGUGGUGAUCGUGAUGUUUGUCUGGUCUAUAGUGGCCUCUACAGCUUUUCUUGCUGAUAGCCAACCUCCAAACCGCAAAGCCCUUGCAGUGUAUCCUGUUUUCCUGUUUUACUUUGUCAUCAGUUGGAUGAUUCUCACCUUCACUCCUCAGUAAAUCAGGAAACAGAAAAUUGAAACCCAUGAAUUGAAGGCUCACCUGAAAGAUACAAUUCACCAUGGAACUUUGACACUAACCCUCUUUUGUCUAGUUUUGGAGGUAUUAAAAGGGAGCCAUGCAGCACCUGUUGUCACUUAUGUAAGGAACUGAUGUUUGUAAGGCUGUCUUUUUCCUCUUAAUGUUUAUUUCAAAUACAUGUGCAUACUACACACAGUAUGAUGCCUCCUUAAAGGCAUGAUGGGGUCACUGUGGUGUAUUUGGGUGACAACUGAUGACUGAGGAAGCACAUGGAUACAUCCUACAUACUGAAUGGAGUUGGUAACUAUUUUCAGCUUUGAGACUACCCGUUCAGGUGCAGCUCUUAAAACACAUUGCCUUAUGACUAUUAGAAUAUGCCUCUCUCUUAUAAAGAAGAAUGGAUAGUCUGUAUCCAUUUUCUUUUUUUCUCUCUUAAGCUUAAAAAGGCAAUGACAGAGGUUAGGAAGGGGGUUUAUAGAUAUGGGGGGAGAAAACACAUCAUCCCAAUGUUCAGAUUUUGAUCAAAGGAAAUUCUACACAUUGCUUAAAGAAAAGAGCAAAGUACAUUUAAAGAAUCAACCUCUUGUCUUUUUGUAUAGCCACCUGUCAUGCUUAACGGCACCUCAGUUGGCACUCUAGUUUUUAAUCUUGCUCCCUAGUUCUUAAUAUGGAAUCUAAGAUGUCAGCAGUUAAAUCUAAUUGUACUUUGAAAUUCAUAAUGGUCCAAUGUUGUUGCUUAUCCAAGUAGAAGACCCCGGACAUUUAGAUUAGUGGGUCUUUUAAUGCAUGAAGGUGUAGGAGUUUGGAUACAGCACAGCUACAAGGAACUCUUCCUUAUUUUGUGUAGUCUAGCCUCUGACCAGAAGGUGAAACAUAAUCAGAAGUCUUCAUUUAACCAACUGAACAUGGAGGGAUUUAAUGUUCCAAUGGCUGCUUAAUAGAACAGGCACUUACAGCAUGGUGUAGGAUGAGUUAAGUUUACAGCUGCUGCCUUUCCAUAGUGGGCUUAGCAGUUUUUUCACUAGAUGUUUUCUUCAGGUUGGGAAAUAGCAAUUUAUCUUAUGGGUUUUAGAGUUUAUUUAUAAAGCUAAUUAGUUCCUCCCUUUAUAGAUAAGUACAUUUUGCACAUGUGCACCUACUUGUACUCUCAGCUAUUUAUGCACACAAGUGUGAAGGCUUUUCAGGGAGCAGAGCAUCUGGGACAGGCUAAUUCAGAGCUAACAGGCCUCCUUUAAGGUAAUAUGAGCUGUUGCCUUCUAUAAAUUGCACAUUGAAGAACUCUUAAUAGACAGAUUAGGAGUUAGGCAGAAAACAUUCAUUGUAAAUAUGCAGUUACAUAUAAAGAUAGGAAUUUCUUACUCCACGUUUUUUCUUUAUCCUAGAAUUUAAAUAUUUAUUUGUUUUGUAUUUAAAGACUACCUACACAUAGAUAUAUGAUUCUAAAAGCAUACUUUCUCCAUGCCCAGAUUAACCAAGUCAACAACAAUACUAGGCUAAACUGAUUGUUGAAAUGAUUCUCAGUUACAAAGCAUUACAGAAUUGGUCCUCUCUGUCCCAGUCUGUCGAGAGUUUUUGAUUACAUAUUUGUAUUCAUUUCAGUUUAGCUCUUAAAUUAUGAAGUAAACCCUAGUAAAGGACAAACCCAAUGUUUGUCAGUCUUGAGUUGGUAAAGUAUUUUGAAACUGAUACUAAUUUCAAAGUUAUCCUCAAUUUCCAUUAUCUGAAAUUUUCAAACAUCCUACUAAUAUCUCUCUCCCAAAGUUGCUUUGUAAUCUGCCCCAAUAAUUAUAAUGUAAAAUUAGAGAAGUAACCAUGCUUUUCAAAGGGAAUUAAGUCUUUACCAAAUUUUACUCAGGUGAAACAUUUGGUCAGAAAUUCCUAAGGCCACAACUUGUGUGUUGGGGGGCUUUGUUGGGGGUUAUACAUAUUGAAUCUGCAGCUUGAUCUGCGUAUUAACCUGUUGCUCUGGGGGACUCAGUGAAUGGUUUUAUAUGAUUAAAGCAAAGGUGUGGACUGGGGUGUUGCUCAGUGAUAGAGUACUUGCCCAGCUUGUGCAAGGCUCUGAGUCCCAUCCCCAGCACUGUGGGGAAAAUAGGUGGGUAAAUUGGAGGUUUAAUUUUCUGAAAGUGAAUGGUCAGAAGGUAUAAAUAAAUAUUUUUAAUAUAUGCAAAAAGUACACUGGUCUUCUAUCUCAGAAGACCUAGGUGUCUGGAAGUCGUAGCCCUCAGCAUAACUUUCCUUGAUUUGCUGCAAAGGCACAUGGCUGAUUACAAAAAUGAGGGCUAUAAUGGCAGGGGACUCAGAGAGGAAACCCUGUUGCAGGAAUUGGAAAGCUCUAUGCUUCAGAUGAAAUUCAAGGAUGGUGAGUAUUACUGCAGGAUGUGGACCAUCAUCGCCAUCAAAGAUAAUCUCUUGCUGCUCCCACUUCUGAGACCAAGAUCCGUUUUCUUAUUCUUUAGCAAUAGGAAGGGUGAAGACUUGACAAUUGCUGUUCAGAUUUUAAAAACUCAGUUGAUGACAACAUACUUGAAUGUGCAGUAUGGUCUUAAAAGUCAACCAUUAUCAUCAAGUCUUUUGCCUCUUAAGAAGUUCAUUACAUGAGUUGAAUUUGAUCUUUUCAUUUUGGUGGAAUUUUUCUAUUGUUGGAUAAGGUCACAGAGCAUGAGACUGGUAAGCAUUUUUCUGUUCAUUCUACCUUUUCUUUUUGUUGGUUGGUUUUUUAUUAUUAUUGUUAUUUUUUUACAAACAAUAUUCCCCAAAAUGUGAUCAGAAGGCAAGCAAGCUUGUAUUUGGAGAUUUAUCAGUGUACUUAAUAUAAUCUAUUGACCUAA